AUGGCUCUCACCCCGUUGCACAAGCCUUCGCAGGUGAAUGACACAUUCUUUAUGACAGCUGUCUGAAAGUCUGAAUGGUUGAUGAACUUCUCUCUAAUUCUCUUAGUUAAAGCUGGUGGGAUAUUAUCUUUGUCAUAAGUCUUCAAGCCUGUGUGGAAUUUCAGAUCUCCUAAAGCCUUUUUGGAACUACCUGAAAUUUCACAUAAACACAUACAUAUUAAAAUAUUUUCAAAAUAAGAAUAUCUCAUGAAAAAAAUCUGGAAGAUUUUCAACCUCCCUCCUUUUACCCCGAAAUAGUUUUUUGAGCAGCCAGGUGACUCUUAAACCAAAGCAAAUGGAUAAGGUAAUAUAAUGACUCACUUCCCAUAACAAUUGUAUCUAUGGUCCAUUUAAUUGCAUUGAAUGCAAGGGAGGCUGAUGCCCAUUGGACUUUUAGGGCAAGCUGCAGGAGACUCAACAGUGGUGGGGAGGUAGAGCCAGUGAUAGGCAGAGUCAACUAAUUCUAGGUUUCUCCUCCCCCUCCUUCCUGAUGAGUUUUAUAACAGCAACACUGGGGCUAAGGAGGAGCAGGUGCAGGCGGGGGCUGUCUAAGGACAGGCUUAGCUUGGAGGGGCAGUGCCCCACUUGCCCAUAUGGACUAAAGUCUACUGGUUGAAUAUCUUAAUAUAUAAUAUAAAGUGAGAUGAUGACAAUGCUUAGUAUCAGCAAAGAAGCACAUGACAACCCCCCCCCCCAAAUAAAUGAUUUUUUGUUGUGUUUGGUUUUUACAGCUUCCACUUGGAUCAGGCUUUCUUUCUGUCUUUUCUCUCAAGCGCUUCAUGACCAGCUUGAUAGGUCCUGGUGGAUUCUGCAUGGAUUUGACAAAUGAGGUAUUUGCCAGGUUCAGGUUAUCGAGAGCCGAAAAAGCAGCUUCCAGGGCUGGCAUUGGUUCCGGUAGGUUCCCCUUGCACUCCUCCUGUAAUCACAUCAAAUAUAUUCACAGAGCACGGUCAGGAUGCUACCGCACAGUCCAGUGGAACAUGAACUUUGCAAGAACAACCCUUUCCUUUCUUAUUGCAGCUGCAGCCACUGGAUGUGCCUUGACUGGAAUUGAUUGAGGGCCCUCUCAGUGGCUGGUCCCCACCUGUCAAAUGCACUCCCUGGCGCAACGGGCACAUGGUCACCCAAAGAGUUUUAGAACUCAGUGGGGAUUUGAACCCUGGUUGCCCCGGUCUAACACUCUAACUGUAUCACACUCACUCUCUGGUGACCCCAUAAAAGCGGAGCAGUUUUAGAACAACGUUACUUUUAGCAUAUGUGUGUUUGGAAGAAAUAGUUUCUCCCUGCUCUGGGGUAAAUAGCAGUCCUGGGGAGGCAGAUCAGAUCUGGGGGGGGGGGCAAGGGGUGGUUGAAUUCCCUCUCAGCAACAUCAUGUUCCCAGUGUGACCGGCCCCUCUUAUGUCGCUGCUCUUUAGUUAGAAACCAACCAAGGAAGGGCACAUCCUGUGCUGACAGUGCAGCCCUGUGCAUAUUUAUUAAGUCUUACUGAGUUCAAUGGGGCUUACUCUCAGGUAAGUUGCAUAGCAGAGGAUGGAGAACCCUCUCUUCCUCCCUCUGGCCCUCAGAGCUCUCCUCUGGCAACACCCCCUCACUUUCUCCCUCAACUGUUUUUGUCUGACUGGACUGUGUCCAUGAACUCUGGCAAUGUCCCUUGCUUGUCUGGAUGGGGUGUGGAUAUGAAGAAACCAGCCAGCUGUACAAAAGGUAAAAUGGGCAUUUGUCGCCCCUUCCACUUCUGUCUCUGGCCUGCCCACCACUAGCAUGUGGCCCUCAGAAGGUUGCCCGGGAGGAGAUGUGGCCCUUGGGCUGAUAAACAUUCCCACACUUGAGGUGCAACCUUAGGACUGGAGUCAAUGGUAGUCCUACUCAGAGCAGAUUCACUGAAAUUAAAGGACAGAACUAACUUGGGUUCCUUAAUUGCAACGAGCCUACUCUGAGAAGAACCAGCAUUGCAUACAUUUCUCCAGGGAAACCACAGAUGGGGCAGAAACAGCACAUCGCUGAUAGCUCUUUCAACCUUUCUUAGUUUGGAUUUCUCAUUUAGGACGCUGCACUGUUGGAAACAUGAGCUCUGAUGGGGAGGCAGCGCCAGGCUGCACAGCCCACUUACGUGAAUCCCCUGAGCAAUAGCUGCUGCUUCAUUGGCUUCCUUCUCAUCUGCCGCCACAAGCUCCUUCUUGGCAUCAGAAACCUCAAUGGUUUCCUUUUCUAUGUGGAUCAUCCUUUUCUCCCUUUCUGCGGAGGUCUGAGUCAAUUCUGGUUGAAGAGCUGUCAGCUCCUUUGGCAUCACUGCAACCUAAAGAGGACAACCAAGGUAGAGGACAUAAUCAAGAUAUUAAUUCCUUACUGUUCCAAUCUUCAGUUCACCACAUUUCCUAAUCAAUUUCAGAUACGGGAGGAAAAAUGAAGACAAAAAUCCAUCAGCAUUUUAGGGUGCAAUUAGCUACAAGAAUUGACCAGUGAUUUUGCUUUCUAACUAAUCAGGAGCUGUAGUUUGUUAAGGGUGCUGGGAAUUGUAGCUCUGAAAGAUACAGUUCCUAGGAUUCUUUGGAGGAAGUCAUGUGCUUUCAACAUAUGGUGUGUACACAGCCAUUGUCUUUGAACAGCCCUGUUAAUAAGACUGAGCUUGCAAUGGAUACUGCAGAUAAUGAAAACAGUUACAAGUUUCCAUAUAAACUACCUGUUCCAGUCCACACUUACUUGUGAAGCUCAAAAAUCAAGCUUUUGAAGGUCCACAGGAUAGCAAUUUGUCAUUGUAUCCACUUCUGGCAUGUCGGCCCUCUCAUCUGCUGCAAAUAUGUUAGGCACGUCCCCCAUGUUCAACAGCAUGUUAAUGUCCUCUACAAAGGACUCGUCUUUUAUUCGGUUAUCGCAUAAAAAGAACACAGUGUUUUUGUUGGCCACCUCUGACUGCAGCAUGACCUUCUUGAUAUCCUCUCUCCAGUCCUCUGUGGUGUUGAUCUUCAGGAGUUUGUCGUAAUUCCCGAAGGCUCCCAGGUAGGUGGCACUCCCAGCAAUGCCCACCAGCAUCCCAUAACUGAAUGA